UUUGGCAACACUGGGCCAUUGUCGUGUGUCUAAUUGUGUACGUAGUACGUUGUGUCGCCACAGACCCACGGAACACCUGUACAAACUUGUAUCGCGGAUACGUUUAGACCCCGUGAUCCCGCAUUUCCGUCACUAGACAGCGACUAAGUGGUGCUUGCUGCAUCCCCGGAUUCCCAGUCAUUUAUGCAGGCAGAUGUGGAGCUGCGCAUAUGAGCCCUUUUCAGGAAUUGUCAUGACUGAAGUGCGAACUCGCAUGAUGACGUGAUGCAACCGGAUGCGCUUCAGAGAGGUCAUUCCUUCGGUGACUCCGCCAAAGAACAUACCGAGUUCCGCAGACAUCCCAGCACACAAGGCCCAACAAGCCGAGGGAAACGAGGCGGUGCCUUCACAGAACUCCGGAGACCGACAAGGAGCAGCCUCCUCCUAGCAGCGGGCACAAAUCAGUACUUGCUGGCCGCCAUGGUGAUGCACGCGGAUGCCGAUUCACAGUGCGACCUGAAGGCUGUGGUCGCUGUCAAGUCCACGUGGUUCUUUACUGUGGGCAUGUCCAAGUCAACUCAAGCAGGAGUACUUCAAUGGGGGGUCUCCAGGUCUACGCAGUGGGAAGAUCCAACUGACUGCCAUAUUACUCCUUUGCUGGUGGAACAGCCGUCGCCAAAGAAAGUGGAAUCUCUAGCCCCAAGAAAUUCAAAGAGUUCUACCAGUGAAAUGCAACAAGAUGCUAAACCUGCCACUGCAGCUGACCAUAUUUUCCAUGCAUCUCGGAGCAAAGACGGACACUCACCUAUCGUUGUCGUGGCAGGGUCAGCAAUUGUCACCUACGCCUGUGGAUGUUGUUUUCUUGAAUUUCACGAUUUAAGUGGCUUGACCUGCCAUGUACAGACGUGCUCGUGGCCGAAGCCAUAUUAUUGCAGCCUGUGUUCGCAACCUUGUGCAGACUGGAGUGCAACGCGUGCCCAUCUCGCUACUCAUGUCGAGAAAAUGCCAAGAACAUGUCCAUUCUGUGAGUACACCCUCGACAGCAGCCACUCUUUGGCCAUGAGGCAUGUGCUGCGGCAUGUGGAUGUGAAGCAGUUCAUGUGCAACAUCUGUAAAUCAGCAUUCAUCAACGGGAAGGAUCUCCUCUCACACAUUCAACGGUGUCACUUGAAUGAAAGGACUUACAAAUGUGAUUCGUGUUCCAUCUCAUUUGCCGACAAACGCACUUUGCAAGUCCACGUUCGCCGGCACGCUGGUGAACGGCCAUACAAGUGCAACGUUUGUUCAGCCACAUUUGCGAACAGGCCGGCGGCUGCAAGUCACAUGCGCUGUCACAAGAAGGGUACGCCAUACUGUGCUGUGUGCUCCCGCAUGUUUGCCACGUGGUGUACUUAUUUCACUCAUGUGCGCUGUAAGCAUGGAAGUUGUGGUGGCAAUCCCUGAAGUGAGUGAACGGCUGCCAGGUGUUGUGUGUUUUGGACAUUCUCGGAAGCUGUGCGUGGCAUGUGCGUGUUACUUGGCACUAAUGGCUGCAGCAAGUGAAACUGCUAUGGCUUUACAACUUCUUCGAGACAGUGUGCUCACCUUGACAGUGACCAUUAUUCAGUGUUGUGCUUCUUGAUGUUCUAGUUGUCAUUACAAAGGAUAUGAAAAUGGCA